GAUGGGUUCUUUUGCUAGGCUUUUCUUGACUGAUAAAUUCAAAGGUCAGGGAGGGCAAUUACAACACCCAAGUGUCACUUGUGUGUAGGAUAUUUGUGCUAUGUGUCAGAAGCCUGCUCACACUUGCCUCAGCCAUUGUCAGGUGCGCUGGUUUCUGUAAUCUGAGAACCAGGUGGCUGUCGUGAUUGUGCUGAGAGAAACAUUCCCUCCCACAGAGCCAUGGUCUAGGCUGUCCCUGCUGGGAUACCGACCUUGGAUGUGCUGCUUUAUGCUCUUUCAAGUCGCUGUGGAGACAGACAAUGACAGAUGCCACUGCACAUCCAUUUGGUGCUCAAUUGUGAAUUGGAAAUUUUUUCCAACUAUCUUUAAAAACAGGGUGGUUUCUUUUUCUUUUUCUUUUCUUUUCUUUCUUCUUCUUCUUCUUCUUCUUCUUCUUCUUCUUCUUCUUCUUCUUCUUCUUCUUCUUUUUUUUUGUCUUGCUUUUGAGAAGAUAACUUCAUGAUGAGGAUUUUCAUAGCCUUUGAAGGAUCUUUUGAGGCGUUUGAUGUUGAAGCGCAUACGUCAGUGGGAGCUAUCAAGCAGAUGGUAAAGGAUCAUUUCCACAUUCCUCUUUCUGAAGACAAACAAGGCAGGUGGUAUCUUGAGCUCAUGUAUGCUGGAGCGGCCCUAAGGAACAGCUGGAGUCUGUCGGAUGUCGGGAUAUCUUUCUGUUCAACCCUCAAAUGCUUUGUUAAGAAAGAAGACAAGCCCACGCUCUAUGUGUUCAAUGCUGUGACCAAGGAGAUGAUGCCAAUAAUGGAGAACACAUCGAUCCUGGAUAAAAAGGUGUCUGACCUGAGAAGGCUGGUGACUCUGAGGUGUGGCUUCCCUGUGGGCGUCUACUGUCUCCGGACACCCGCGGGACUGGAGAUGUAUGACCGCAACACCCUCAAGGAUUACCAGACCGAUAUCGGCACAACACUUCGUUUGGAUGUCUGGGAUGGAUGGAAGGAAUUUCUCAUGGGAUGUCUUCUUGGGCAAAAACCUAAAGUACAACGCUACUUAUCAAAAGAAGGACCAGUCCUCAAGUACCAGAAAAGGGUCGCCCUGUACAUCGCUGCUUUUCACGGACACACUGAGCUCACUGAAUGGGCUCUGAAACAGGGGGUGCAGCCCCACGAGGCAGUUGGGGUUCACCCUUAUCGAGCAUGGUGCUAUGAAGCCCUUCACGCAGAUGUCUCUAACUGCCCUAUUCACGCAGCUGCAGAAGCUGGCCAGCUGUUAAUUCUGAAGGCCUUUGUCAACUGCAGUGUCCUGUGCCUGGUAUGUAAGAACGCAGCAGGACAAUCUCCUCUGGCCAUCGCAUCGAAACACCAGCGUAAAGACUGUGUGUUGUAUUUACUGAGUAAAAUGUGGUCCACGGUGUCUUUUCUAAAACUUUCAGUCCCGAUGAGGAUUUAUAUUAAAAUAAAGCAGUGGAUUCUCCGAGCUCAGAAUCGUAGGUGCCAUGAAAGCCAGCUUGGCAGAGCGAGGGUCUCUGGGGCAAAAGUUGGAGACACUGUGAUGGUGGACGGUUUCACCAAACCCAAAAUGACCUCCAAGAGCUGGCAUAAGGCUGAAGACAAGAGCUGGCAAACUGCCCAGAGCAAACCGCCACCCUGCAAGCAACAGUUAAUCAGGAAACCUCCUGAUUCUUUACCAACCUCACAGCGAGACACCAGCAAACAAAUCGUCACAUUCCCAUCCUUAGGGGAUGCAAAGAGCCUUUCAGAAGUGCAAAGUCAUCAACAAGAAAACCAGAAAAAAAUCCCUGCCACAGCUCGAAAAGAAAAGCACAUCAAAAACCCUUAUCUCCCCCAGGUCCCCCUCCCUCCAGUUUCAAGAGUGGAUUAUGCACACCCUCUGUUCUACCGCGCUCCGCCCAGGGCUGACCCUUUGCUAAGGUCCCUCUUCACAUCUUUCUCGGAGCACAGCGGGAGGACUCCUUGCGAGAAUGCCAUCUACUGCUUAGCUGUGGCCAGUGCCUUUAAAGAGAAGAGAUGGCUUCAGCAGUUAGAAAUAGCAAGAGUCCUAGCCAAAAGGAGCAUUUCUAACCUGACAAUCAAAGGAGGUCCAGCAAAGUGUGAAAACUGAACACUAUCCAGAAAUUGUGCUUUGAAAAGUCACAGCAGCCCUGGUUUGAAUAGAGAUCUGGCCAAACAGAAGUUCCAAUUCUGAUGGCAACAUAUCUAAUAAUAGUUCUAAUGCUACACAUCUUCAACCUGAUGAGGGGCAAUGUUUAACUGCAAGCUUUCGUGAACACUGUACUAUUCAGAACUCUCUGGAAAGCAGAACCUAUAGAUUGAGUGUGUAUUAAAAGGGUUUAUUGGAUUGGUUUACAAGAUGUAGUUUGGAUAGUCCAACAACAGGUGCCUUCAUACUGAAGAACCAGAUGCCUGCUCCACCCAGAGGCUGGAUAAUCCCACAAUUCCAACAAACUGCCAAAGGCAUGAAGGAUUCUCAGUCUUCCCUCCUCGUCAGCAGCCAGAAGAAGAUGGAGUUUUCUAUCAGGAGAGGAAUGCAGCUGCAGGAACAGCAAGGACAGGGGAAAUUGGGGCACAAAGUCAAGCAGGCAAGAAGCAAAGGAUACCCCCCCACCUACUUACAUUAUGAUGAUUUGAAAAAGAAUGGGGCUCAUAUAUUUGAAUGCUUAGUAGUAUGCAUGUGUUGUUGUUGUUUUGUUUGUUGAGGAAGUGUGUCGCUAGGGGUGGGCUUUGAGGUUUCAAACGCCCAUGCCAGACCCAGUUUCUCUCUGCCUAUGCAUCAGAAGGUAGCUCUCAGCUAAUAUCUGUAAGUUUGCUUCCAACUAAAUGGUUUCAUUCAUAAGAGUUACC